AACCCAGCAGUGCUAUUUAUCUCUUGGAAGAGAGCAAAUAGUGUAUGGCAUUAGGGCCCCGAGUGUUGAAGCCCCAAGUGUUGAGGUAGAGAGAGAAAAGGACAAAGGAGACGAGAAACUGAAUCAGCAUCCAAACUGGCUCCCAAUUCUAAGUGAAACCAUCUCUCAGAUUCUACAGGAGACUGUGAAUCAUGAAACUAAUUAUCAUCCUUUUCCUCUACUCCAGGCUGCUAGCAAGUUUAACCCAGGAAUCUGUCACCCAGGAAAUUGACUGCGAUGAUGAGGAUGUAUUUAAGGCUGUGGAUGCUGCUCUGAAGAAAUAUAACAGUAGGAACCAAAGUGGCAACCAGUUUGUGUUGUACCGUAUAAUUGAGGUCAAUAAGACGGUAGAUCCUGAAACAUUUUAUUCCUUCAAGUAUCAAAUCAAGGAGGGUGAUUGUCCUGUUCAAAGUGGCAAAACCUGGCAGGAUUGUGACUACAAGGGAGCAGAGGAAGCUGCUACGGGAGAAUGCACGGCCACCGUGGGGAAGAGGGGGAGUACGAAAUUCUCCGUGGCUACCCAGAUCUGCCAGAUUACUCCAGCUGAAGGCCCUGUGUUGACGGCCCAAUACAUCUGCCAUGGCUGUGUGCAUCCCAUAUCAACUGAGAGCCCCGACCUGGACCCCAUUUUGAAACAUGCCAUUCAACAUUUUAACAACAACACAAAUCAUUCCUACCUCUUUGCUCUUGGAGAAGUAAAAAGAGCCCAAAGACAGGUGGUGGCUGGAUGGAACUAUGAAAUUACCUACUCAAUUGUGCAAACUGACUGUCUCAAAAAGGAUUUUCUACUCUUAACUCCAGACUGCAAGUCCCUUUCCAAUGGUGAUAUGGGUGAAUGUACAGAUAGUGCAUUUGUGGAUCCUCAGCUAAGAAUUGCUUCCUUCUCACAGAACUGUGACAUUUAUCCAGGAGAGGAUUUUGUACAACCACAUCCUGAGAUUUGUCCUGGCUGCCCCUUGGAAAUACCUGUUGACAGCCCUGAGCUGAAAGAGGCACUUACUCAUUCCAUUGCAAAGCUUAAUGCAGAAAAUAAUGAAACUUUCUAUUUCAAGAUUGACACCGUGAAAAGAGCUGCAGCACAGGUGGUGGCUGGGAAGAAAUUUUUUAUUGAGUUCACAGCCAGGGAAACCACAUGCUCCAAGGAAAAUAACACAGAGUUGACGGAAAGUUGUGAGACCAAAACACCUGGUCAAAGUCUAAGCUGCAAUGCUGAAGUUUAUGUGAUAUCUUGGGAGAAAAAAAUUUACCCUACUAUCAACUGUCAAGCACGAGGAAUGAUGACAUGGAUGAAAAGGCCUCCAGGUUUUUCACCUUUCCGAUUGUCAUAUCCAAAGAAAACAAGAGGAGGAACAACUGUAAGUCUACCCUACACUUCCAUGGCACCUGUACAAGAUGAAGAGCAGGAUCCAGAAAAAGAGGAAGGACCCACUCGUGGGCGUGGGCAGGGCCGUGAAAAGAAAAUGAAACAUGGGCUUGGCCAUGGUCAUAAAUAUGAGCAUGAGCAAGGCCGUGGGCACCAAAGAGGGCAUGGGCUUGGUCAUGGACCUCGAAAGCAAUAUAUCCUUGGCCAUGGUCAACAACAACAACAUGACCUUGAUCAUGGACAUCAACCCAAACUUGACUUUGAUCUUGAACAUGGCCUUGACCAUGGAUAUAAACAUAAACUUAAGCAUGGUCAUGGUCAUGGUCAUGGAAAACAUAAAAAUAAAGACAAAAACAAUGGAAAGCUCAAUGACCAGAGACCAGAGCAUUUGGCAAGCUCUUCUGAAGAUAGUACUACAUCUUCUACACAGACACAAGAGAAGACAGAAGGACCAACACUCAUCCCUUCCCUAGCCCAGCCAGGUGUAGCAGUUACCUUUUCUGCCUUUCAGGACUCAGAUCUCAUUGAAGUUAUGACACCUCCCGUGCCACCAACUCCCACAGAGAAUGAUGAUGAUUGGAUCCCUGAUAUCCAGAUAGAACCAAAUAGCCUUUCAUUUGAGUCAAUACCUGAUUUUCCAGAAACAAAGUCCCCCAAAUGUCCUGGACGUCCCUGGAAGCCAGUUAAUGGAAAGAAUCCAACCAUGGAAAUGAAAGAAUUUCAUGAUUUUGAUCUUUCUGAUGCUCUUUAAUAAUUUUUGCAGCCCUGGGUAUUUUUUUAACAUCUCAUCUUCCCCUCUCCCCGUUGUCCAAAUACAAAUAUCCUAAUACGAGGCACCAAAACCCACAAAACUUCAGAACAGCCUAGGGAGAAGUAGUGAGCCUCCCAAUAAGGACACCAUCAAUCUCUAUGAACUAUAUAAAAUUGUGUACCAGAGAUCUAAAUCCUUUCUGAGUCUUUCUCACAAGUUUUCUAAAUUGGCAAAGAAAAUGAAUAAACAAAUGCGCUUUAUUGCCUA